CAAGUAAGUCGAAGCAUGGCACCAGCAGCACUCUGCUUUCGUUUAGCCGUCCUGAGAAGCUAGAGAAGUGAAAGCUAACACGUGGAAAUAUUAAUUUGGGAUAUUUUGCUAUUUAUGCAGGGUAGUGUAGUUCCUUUUUGAACUGUGCCUUGACAGCGAAGACCCCGAAUCAUUAGCUGAGAAAAACAUUUAUCGUUCAGCUGAGCUAGUUAGCUCGUUUAUGAGCUUCGUUAUGGCGGACAACGGAGACGAUGAUAAUCAGUACAGAAUUAAAGAGGGUGACUACGUUGUGUUGAAACGAGGGGAAAUCUUCAAAGCUGUGCAGAUUCAGCCGAGGAAAAAGGUGAUUUUUGAGAAGCAGUGGAUCUUCCUCGAUAAUGCAGUGGGACAGCUGUACAGCACCACAUUUGAAAUUUUGUCUGGAGGAAAUCUAAAGCCACAUGAGCUCAAGGACACUGCAAGCCCCCUUGAUGCAGUGGAGGCAGGUACAGACAACAGAAACAUUGUUGACGAUGGCAAAUCACAGAAGCUGACCAGGGAUGACAUUGAGGCUCUUAAAGAGAAAGGUCUGAAGGGUCAGGACAUCAUUAAGAAGCUCGUAGAUAACCACGCCACUUUCGGAGAUAAGACUGAGUAUUCCCAGGUUAAAUACAUCAAGAAGAAGAAGAAAAAGUAUGAAAAUACGGUGAUGAUUCUAAAACCGUCCUGUCGCAUCCUGGCUAUGAUGUACCACGGCCGCGAACCAGGGAAGAUCUGCCACCUGCGGUAUGACACACUUGCCCAGAUGCUAACUCUGGCGAACAUCCACGCUGGCAGUAAGGUGUUGGUGUUUGAGACUUGUGCUGGGCUUGUACUGGGAUCCAUCAUGGAAAGAAUGGGAGGCUACGGAUCAGUGAUCCAAAUGUACCCAGGGGGUGGGCCAGUGCGGGCGGGAGUGGAGAAUUUUGGCUUUCCUGCGCAUUUUCACGACACGCUGCAUGAGUUUCCCAUCUGCCACGUCAACGCUCUCUUGGCAGGAACUCUGGACACCAGUGCCAAAGACCCCACUGCUGAGAAUACUCAUGAAAAGCAGUUGAACUUGGCUGCAGAGAAGAAGCAAAACCAGCCUGAGGCAGAAGAGCAAGGCACUCCAGAGGAGGAGAGCAUGGUGACCAACACUGGUGAUGAUGCUGGUCAGGACGUGGAGAAAACGGAGAAGGAUAAACUCAAAGAAGCCAAGGCUCAAGUGAAAAAGCUGAGACUAGAGGAGAAGCAGAGGAAGCUGGCAGCUACCGCCGCCCUGCUGAAAGGAAGGAAUGCCGACGGGCUGGUUAUAUCGAGCCGGUUUCACCCCUGUCCCGUCCUUUUGGGCCUGCUCAAAUUCCUCUCACCCUCCAGGCCUUUUGUAGUUUAUUCCCAGUAUAUAGAGCCUCUCAUAGAGUGCUUCAAGAAACUCAAGGAAUGUGGCGGCACAGUCAACCUCAGACUCACAGACACCUGGCUGAGACAUUACCAGGUGUUGCCUGACAGGACACAUCCUCUGCUACUAAUGAGCGGGGGCGGGGGCUACCUCCUCUCAGGGACGACCGUUGCCACGGACCACUCGAAACCUGCAGGCUCUAAGCAAGCUGAAGAACCAGCGCCAAAGAGACAGAAACUGGAAGACACGGAGGGAUAAACAAAUACAGAAGCAUCAAAUCUUUUUAAGGGCACAUUCCCAGAGGCCUGUAGGGAUUUUUUUUCCUCCUGUGCUGUUGAACUGAUUUGACACCAUCAGUAGUAAGGGGAGACCGAGUGUCUGGUUUGUAUUCAUCAGAACACUUUUUCCUGCCGGGUGUGCUCACAUCAGUGGAGAUGAGGAGUAAAUUGUUAGCCAGUUUAUAGUUUGUGUGUCGAGAGUAACAGCUUUGGUUGUUUUUGUCCUGAGACAAGUAAAAGUUUGUUUUUUUUAUGCUUUCCAGAUUCUACGUUAUAACUUGCUUUUAUUUUAUUUUGUUAUUCUUGCAGAAAUUGCCAUUUGUUUUAUGAAACAGUUGCUGAUGCAGCUUUACUGCGGGCUACAUUUCUACCUGCACAUUAAAAAGCAGUACUAAAAGAA